AGGCUUGUAAUUCGUUGCGGAGACUUCAAAUUAAAAUAGGCAAGUCAUUUGAUUUUCAAAAAGAAACCCUCCAAACCCCAAAAUUCCCCGCCACCAUGGUGACAUCCUCUUCCCCACCAGAUCCUCCACCACCCACCGCCACCGCCACCGCCCGUCUCUUCACAAACCCACCGCGAGACCCAAGACCUCCAACGCCACCACUCCCUCAACAAACUCAACCCAAUUACCAGCACUCCACUCCAUACCCACCUCCAUCUCAACAACAACAACAACCACCCCUUUACACAGCUCAAUCCCUGCCGGCUCUCGCACCCAGAGUCCCCUCCAACACCAUUCACCACCAAUUAGGCAAGUCCCGUGACCACCCACCUCAUGGAAUCCUCUAUCCGGUCGCCUCCUCCGGUCGGGGCUUUCUUCCCAAGGCUAUUCGGCCCAAAUUGGCCGAUCAGACCGUCACCGUCGCAAACCCCGGUGGCUUCCCGCCUCGCUCUGCUGUUGCAGCCGCAUACCCUCAACCGGUUCGGCCUUAUGGGUUCCCUCAUUCUGACCCUCAGGGCCAGAAUGUUCACUUAAUUAGGCCAGCUCACUUGCAGCACACUAUUAUUGGUUCUUCUGGUGGCGCAAUAAGGGGCAUGGUCAACGGCGUUCCGGUUUCGGCGCACCCCAAGGUCUCUCCGUCUCUGCCUUCAGUUUCUGAUUGUAAUGGCUAUAAAGACGUAAGGGAUAGAAGCAGGGAUGACACCUUUGCCACCGUUAGAGAUCGAAAAGUCAGGAUCUCUGAUGGUUCUUCUCUUUAUGCUCUCUGUCGGUCAUGGUUGAGGAAUGGUUAUACCGAUGAAAGUCAGCCACAAUAUGUGGAUGGCGUGAAGUCUCUUCCGAGACCUUUGCCUAUACCUGUGGCAGAUGCUAACUCGCCUACCACAAAGGAAAGUGAUAAAGAUCAUGAGGAAGAGGAGGAGGAGGGAUCCGUCGAGCAUUUAUCUCCACAAAACCUGCUACAAAGACACGUUAAGCGUGCUAAAAGGGUUCGGGCAAGAUUAAGGGAAGAGCGUCUUCAACGAAUUGCGAGGUACAAAACUAGGCUUGCUCUUCUCCUUCCCCCAGUUGUAGAGCAACAUUUCAGAAAUGACAUGUCUGCUGGGAACUGAUGAACCGCUGUAUGAUCUGAAAUCCUAGCUGAAUGUUGGGCUCUUUAACUUGCAUCACGCUUAAAGCUAUUAAAUUAACGAGCAAAGUUCUCUCAACAUUAGCGAGGAAGAUGAAGCACUCAUUUGGUGGCAUGAUGUUUAUUGGAAAGUUGCUGAAUCUGAAUGGGAGUGAAACAAAAGCAGUAGCAGAGCAAUCUGUUUGUUCUUGAAUCAUUUUUACUUGUAAACUGUUAUUUUUACGUCAUUGUGCAGUAUAUGGGCUUACUAAUAUUUAAUUGAGUACCUGUAGUGGGUUUGGAAAUUUAACUUAUCACUGAUGCUUUUACAUAGAAUUUAAGCACACCAAUAUUUACCUUAACCUGGAGAUAUCAAUUUUAAACACCAAAUAGAAGUAAA